CUUAUACAUCUCUAUGCCGUUGUUGUGCAAUAUCUAAGGCGUGUUCCUUUUAAAAAGCUGAAGGUAUUUAGACAGUAGGGAAGCAUUUCUAAAAAUCUCGGUAAACCAUUGUAAUAAGUAUGCCAGUUUAUAUUAUCACCAUAGGUUCUUGUGUCGAACGGUGCUAAAUGAACCAUGGUGCAUGCAUGGAAGUAUUCGGGGCGGAGAAGUCUCAGGCCUCUGCUAUGGAAGUCCUGGAGAAACCGCCAUGCACGGUCCUGUACCCACAAUUUUGUGUUCAGGCGCUUUGUGGCUUCGAUGGAUCUAGCUGUGGAGUUAAGUAUGCGUCCUUCGCAGCCUUCGCACCGGCAGUGUUGGAUACGGAUGCCGGUAUGCCAUGUUUUCAGACCUGUUGUCGCAGCGCGGGCUUCGAAGCACGGCGCCGUUGCCCGGCGGGUGUGUUGGGGCCGCGGGGCAUUGAGGCCGCCAUCAUGGACACGGGCGGCGAUGCAGGGCGCGCGCUAGCCUGGUACCCCGGGUUGUUGAUGGCAUGGCGGUUUGAUAAGGCGGAUACAUUCUUCCGGGAGAAUCAGCUUCCAGCAUACUACGGCGAAAUCGACUCCAUCCGGCGCCAGCUCAUCAACCCCCGGAAGAUGAUGAUGAUCGGGCCAUACCUCAUCAGCUUCCCUGCACUGCGCGUGCUGAGCAAGCGCAUGCCCCAUGUCAACAUCUCGUCCCAGGAUCUCAACUACAAGGACAAACAGAACCAGCACGCCACUCUCAAGUAG